AUGUUCCUUCACGAAUGGGUUUGCCUCCAAGGUAUAAAGCCUGUCUCCUUCCCUGUCGUUUGGCUUCCUUUCCUUUUCUCCCCCAGUUCUCACUGCUCUUCUGAGACAUUGGUUGUAACAAUGGAUUGGACGGAGUUGAAUAAGGUUGCGAUUGUCGCAGGUCUUAUUUGCUUUGCUAUCGCUCUCAAGAAUGAGGGCCCCAAGCUUCGAGAAUGGUAUCGCAAGCUACAAAAAGCCAGAGCUGCUCAGCCGGGCGCCUCUGUCUUCCAGCAGUUGGCAGUGAUUCGUUCGCCGCCUCCAGCUUUGCUGCCGAUCCAUUCACAUUCAGCGAUUGAACUCAACUUCUGGGAGAAUCAAGGUGCCUUGGGGGAAGGUACUCGUCUUGAGGACUCAGGAGAACGGGGAGAUCGUAUGUGGUAUGGAUAUGACGCACAGUGGUAG